AUGUCGAACCCUCCAGCCCGAUCGCCCCCCCCCGACGUCGUCGCGCUGCAGCCGCUGGCCGUUAUCGACCACUCCGUCGUCGUCGACGACGCGUUCCUUCGCUCCGUCGACGGCGAGAUCGGCGGAUCCUCGCGCGUCGGCGUCGAGGAGUUGGAGCGCAUCUUGGAGCGCGCGGGCGGCGCGCAUCGGACGCGCGCGGGCGGGAGCGCGGCGAACACCGCGCGCGCGCUCGCGACGGGGUUCCGCGUGAGCUGCGCGCUCCUCGGCGCGGUCGGCGGCGACGACUGGGGCGCCGUCUUCGCGCGCGAGAUGAGAGACGCGGGCGUGUCGGUCGACCAUCUGACGACCAAGCCAGGGCUCUCGUUCACCGGCCGGUGCGCGUGCCUCGUGGACGCCGAGACGGGCCAGCGCACGAUGCGCGCGUCGCUUCAAGACGCGGUCAGGCUCACCCCGGAGGAGGUCCGCCCGGGGUCGUUCGUCGGGGUCAAGUGGGCGAUCGUGAACGGGUACGCGUUCUACGGCGAAGGGCUGGCGGACGCGGCGGUGGACGCCGCGGCGACCGCGAAGUGUAAGGCGCGUUCUACUGUCGCGAUGCACCUCGCGUCGUUCGAGGUCGUCAGGCAUCACAGGGACGCGCUGAUGCGAUUGUUGAGGAGCGGGAAGAUCGACGCGGUGUUCGCGAACGAGGAGGAAGCGCGCGAGCUCCUCCCGGGGGAAGACGACGGCGGCGGCGGCGGCGGCGGCGGCGACGGCGGCGGCGGCGACGGCGACGGCGUCGCGUCGCGAUUGGACGCGCCGCCGUCGGCGAGCGUCGCGUCGCGAUUAGACGCGCUCGCGUCGACGUGCGACAUCGCCGUGAUCACGCUCGGCGACCGCGGCUGCGUCGCCGCGCGCGGCGCCGAGCGCGUCCGCGUUUCCGCGUUCGGGCUGAUGCCUUGCGGCAGCGGCGUCCGCGGCAGCCGGUCGGUCGUGGAUACUACCGGCGCGGGAGAUUUGUUUUCCGCCGGUUUCAUCUACGGCUUGCUGCGAGGCGAGAGCCUUCAUCGGUGCUGCGAGCGCGGGAACCUGUGCGGCGCCGCGGUCGUCGGAGAGCUCGGCGGGGAGGUCAGCGAGAAAGGGUGGGCGUGGGUCCGCGUGCGAGAGCGAGAGCGUAUUCUGCUAGACUAGGUAUAAGAUUGUCGUCGUCGCCUGUCUAUCG